GUGCGUUUGGUAUCACUUGCAGAAAUAACGCAAUCGCCGGGUCUAUGGCAUAUUUCCCACCAACUCAUCCACAGCACCAGCCACAAUUUUGCAAGAGGCGAUUUGUAAGUGAGGUGUGUGUGUCUCAACGCCAGGUAACUUAGGUGGGCAACACGCUUGCUUACUAUGCAUCGCUAACCGGGAUUUUGGGAUAGGAGUGCCAACGCCUACGCUUCCUGUGCAUCCGGGCUUACUCCCAAGGCACUAAAUAGCCCACGCAUCUCACUGCGUUGUAGAGGAAGAGGUGUUCUUACGGCCACCUGCCUGAAGAGGCUUCGUGUCGUUUUUUGGUCCAUCGGUGCUUUCCUCAGUCCCUGGUGGCUGGCUGCCUGGUUCCACCUUCGAGUGUUGAUAAACCUCGCAUUAACGUCACCGGUAUAUCGCCAUAUUCAAAUAACCGGCAGAGGGGUUUCGAGGUGACAGACCUGUAUACUUUCUAGCCGGACAGUUUCAAAUCAACCCCUUUCUUCAGAGAUCAAGGACCCAACAUGAGCAACGUGGAAGGCGCCGAGCCUUUGGCCGAGCCCCGCGCUCACGGCUUCGUACCCCGCCACGCCCGCGAUGCCGCCUUCACCGACGGCAAACUCACCUUCACCACGCAAAGCGGCAGUGAGUCCGCUCGCCCGGAGGAGAUCGUCUUCAUCAUUCCCGCGAGAAGCGAUCCGGUCUCGGGUCCCAUCAUCUGCGUCCUCAAAGAAGACCCCGAGGCAAAGGAAUCCCCUUAUCAGCUCGACAUCAUCCUGCUCGUGGAGGGCCAACUCCCUGUCGAGCUCACCAGCCGCGAGCUCCUGCUCCCGCAGUUUCCGGAGCAUCUCACGCCCAGGCCGGAAAGCCACGACGUACACUUUGUGGUCUCUACCAAGUCCGGGCUGGGUCACGCGCCAAAGUUCUGGGACGGCGUCGUUCAGCCUCUGAUCCUGCUUGCCGGCCAAAACACGACGUCUGGAGAUUUGGCGUCUAGUUUCUCUCCAGAAGGACUAUCGGCCGCCGAUGGCCUGCCUUCCAGCUUCAAUGUCCUGAUAACGGAAGACGCCGACAGCGUUCGCAAAUUCGCAAAGGAGAGGUGGUCCGCUAGACAAGCCACCUCGAGCUCCGCCUCCUCACCCCGGACCGAGACCAUUGUUCUCCUCAGUGGUGACGGCGGCGUCGUUGACCUCUUGAACGGGUGCGAGGAGGAGAAGAAGAAGGGGGAAAAGGAGACAGGAUCAUCCCCCGCCACUACAACCCUAUCAACCCUCGCCCUCCUACCCCUCGGCACGGGCAACGCCUGCUUCCACUCCCUCCACAAACCCCUCUACGUCGAGAAUGGGCCCUCGCACAUGGUCCUCGGCCUCCGCACCCUCUUCUUCGGCACCUCGCGCCCACUACCCAGUUUCCGCGCCUCCUUCUCCCCCGGCGCCCGUCUCAUCUCCUACACGGCGGACCCGGGCCCGCACGCGCCUCCAAGCGAGGGCGAGGGCGACGGCGGUGGUCACGGCAACGACGAGACGGCACUCUCCCGCCACGACACGAGCGUCGACCACCUCUUCGGCGCCAUCGUCGCCAGCUACGGUUUCCACGCCCAGCUGGUCUGGGAGAGCGACACGCCCGAGUACCGCAAACACGGCGACAAGCGCUUCGGCAUGGUCGCGCAGGAGCUUCUCAAGGAAAGCCACGCCUACGUCGCCACAGUCGAGGUGCGGUCCCCGGGGGCGGCAUCGGGCGAGGAGGGGAGGAGGAGGAGGCGCGUGGAGCGCGAGAGGUUCGGGUACGCCCUCGCGGCCAUGGUGUCGAACUUGGAAAAGACGUUCACGAUCGCGCCGGACAGCGAGCCGUUGCAGGGUAGGCUAAAGCUUGUGCAUUUCGGGGCCGUGGGCGGGGAGAAGACGAUGGAGAUCAUGAUGGCUGCGUAUAAGGAGGGCGCCCACGUGGGUAUGAAGUGGACGGAUGCGGAGGGGAGAGAGGACUAUCUCGGGUACGAGGACGCGGAGGAGGUUCGGGUUACGAUUGGGGAGUCGGAUCCUCGGUGGCGGAAGGUGUGUGUUGACGGGACGAUUGUUGAGAUUCCCGAGGGCGGGUGGAUGGCUGUUGAGACGCUGGAGAGGCCGCUUUUUGGGAUUCUUGCAGAUCGGUCGGUGGUGUAUGCGGGCUGAUACAUGAGGAAGGGACACGCUUGAGGGCAUAUUUGAUGUGACUGGUGUGGUGACGGGUAAGAGAUCUCUGAUGGUAAUACCUUGACGUUUCCUUACGAAUUAUACAAG